CAUUAUCCUUGUUCAUAUAGUGCGACCAAUCUCACGCCCCACACUCUCAGCUUUCAUCCUCCAUUCUCCAUUGCAUCUACAUCCCUCGUCGUUAUCAAAUCCCAAAGUAGUCUUGGGUCCUUCCCCGUUUGGUGAUCUCCCGAAAAGCCCACUUUUCGCGUAUUUAUAACAAUCAAUACUCUUCCCACACUUUCCAUAUUUUAUAACAGCCAAAACCGUUUUCGCCAUGAAUUCUAAAACUACUGAUGGUUUCGCCCUGAUCACUGGAGUAUGCCCUUGAAGCCCAACGAUGAAUUUUCCCUGCUAACUAUCUAGGCUGCUAGUGGCAUUGGAAAGAAUGCUGCUUUCUCCUUUGCCGAGUCUGGAGCUGCAGGUAUCUUAUUUGCAGAUAUAAAUGAAAAGGGUGCCGAGGAAUCGGCCAUCGAGAGUAAGAAAUAUGCUUCCAAUCCAGCCUACCGCGCUAUUUCUAUUCGUGUCGAUAUCACCGAUGAGAACAGCGUUCAAGCUAUGGUAGAUGCCGCAAUCAAAGAGUUCGGACGUAUUGACUACAAUGUCAACAGUGCUGGUGUAGGUAUUUCCGACUCAGAAAAUAGGCAGUUUUGAUGGCUAACCAAAGCAUCUAAGAUUGGUACUAGCGUGGUGACUGGGAUGGCAGAGCUUCCACUCGCUGAGUUCGAUAAUGUGCUCAACGUCAAUAUGAAAGGAACAGUGCUCUGCAACCGAGCAGUUUUGAAAGCAAUGUUAGCCCAAGAACCACGCGAGUUCCAAGGACGAUAUGUAGCCCGCUCACUUGGUCGUGGUUGUAUUGUGAAUCUAGGCUCUGCUAAUUCUUAUGCCGCUAUUCCCGGAAAAACUUCUUAUACUACAGCCAAACAUGCGGUGAUUGGGAUCACAAAAACGGCAGGUAAGUUAGAUACUCUCAAUGUUCUGUCCCAAAUGCUAACCGCUGUAUUUUAAUUAUAGCUGUUGACUAUUCCAAGCAAGGAAUACGCGUCAAUGCAGUUUGCCCCAUUUGGGUUGAGGGGCCAAUGACGGAACAUGAAGCUCAGGUCAAUCCCCAUUUGGACCAAGUUGUCCAGGCAGUUGUCCCGUUAAAGAGAAUGGCCCAGGCCGAUGAAGUUGCCGAUGCCAUACAAUUUCUAUGUAGUCCAGCGGCGAGCUUCAUUACUGGCACGGGUUUGAUUAUCGACGCUGGAACCGGUUUGACUGUGCGUUUGAUCUAACCUGGUUAUUUUAAUGAUGCCUCUGUGGAGGAAUUUCUUGCAGGGCUAUACAGUUUAGUUUAACCAUUCAUUGAUAAGACGUUGAUUGGACGUAUAAAUUAGACAAUCUGAUACUGACAGGCUUGCAUUCGUUUUAUAGUUACUCAUCUUGGAUUAGAUGAUUUUCACUUUGUGCUGGUCAUCUUAUCGGGGCGGCAUUUGUUUGCGGCGCGGCACCUUUAAAAGACGCGGGUGUUUGAAAAGAGGAAAGUAAGAACGGCGCUUGACUCAGCAAUAACUGGCGUCUCAUAUUUUCAUAUUCAUACACUUC